AGAGGGUCUAUUUUGUUGGGAGCCUAAGGGGGGGGGGGGGCUGUGCUUCGGUGCCACUUAUCAUUAGAUAUGGCCACCGUUAUAGAGUACGCCGAAGCGUCAUCUUCAACUUGGUUUUGUCCUGUUUCUUGCUGAUAUUUCUGCUCGGCCCGCGCGGCAGACGGGAGUGUCAUUUCUAGGUGGAAGCCAAUGUUUGUUCUCGCACAUUUUCCGGAGCCGGUCGUUACUGCGUGGCAGGCUGGUUACGAGAGUCUCCCAACUGGCCGCUCGGUCCCGCAGCCUGUCGCAGCCGAAGAAAACAGAACCAGUUGCCAAGCCAGCGGUCCGUGCCCAACGUUCGCUUCAGCCGCAGCCAUACUUUCCCCGAGGAUUCGCGUUUGAAGUUUACGGGAAGCCGAGGCUCGCAAGGGGGGGCAGCCCGAAUUUCGGAUCGGAGAGAAAAAGGGAGAGAGGGCGCCUCGUAUGUCGGUGGUGAAAUCGCUGCUGGCCGUAGACUUGGGUGGCUAACAGCAACUAGCUGUGUUAUAACCCGAACUCGACAGCUGUCAUUGGAGAAAGGAAAGUGAUCCCCCCCCCACCCUCCACCCCGCUCCCCUCCACCACCACCACCGCCACCCUCACCGCCGCAAAUGAGCGAGCCAGCGAAGUGCUUUUCCUCUGGAUUUACAUCAGCCGCUUUUCCGUCAAAUGGGCAAAGUUGGGAAUACCAUUGCUACGCUGGGAUAUAAUGGUGUGCGCCGUGCGUUUGUGAGAACUGCAGUCUUGUUUCAUUGGAGAGAGAGGCUAGCUAGCUCCGUUAGCUUCGCUAGCUUGCUGGCAAGAUAAAAAAAAAAAAAAAAAGUACGACGUUUCAUCCUCCCUUCCUCCCCCCCCCCCCCCCCCAGUAUUUUGGGACAUGAAGAGGAUAAUUCUCUGUCCAUAGGGCUGGAAGAAUGUCAUCAGAGGAUAAGACUGUGGAGACCUCUGACCAGGGACCCUCGCCGUCAUCCAGCAGCGUAGGGGCCACGUCCACAGGAAGUCCUGCCAAUGCAGACAAGCGACCACGUGGCAGGCCGCGCAAGGAUGCUGCUGCCGUCCUACCCCAACCACCACCGCUGUCCACUUUUAAAAGCAAGAAAAAAGGUCGCACCAGAGGGAGGGUUGUUGUGGACGAGGAGGACAGCAUGGACGGUACUGAGAUAACAGAGAGCGCGGACCCUCAGGAUGCAGAAACACAAGUCCAGCCAGUGGAGACUGUGGAAGUGGAGACCACUGAGGCGCCAGAGGAGGAGAAACGCCCUUCCCCUCUGGCCCAGAGCCCCCCAGCAGAGAGUUCAACAGGACCAUCUGUCCCAGCAAGUGGAGAAAUCAAAAGCAGGGAGCGUCUCUGUGCCUUCUGUUACUGUGGCGGUCGUAGCCUUCUGGGUCAGGGGGAUCUACAAAUAUUCAGCACCGCAUCUCAGCACGAAACGCCCGUCAGCCAUAAUGGUGAGGAAAGCUCGACAAGCGACGGCAGCGACGGUAACAAAACUGCUCAGCCGAAACCGGCUGAAGACGGCACCUCAGGAGAGAAGGAAACCAAUGGGUCUGAAACCUGCCAUGAAGAACCAGACUCUGCCAUUGGUUUCUGGGACGAGCUUUCUCAUGUCGGCCUUCCACAAGGUCUCAAAGUCCAGUCUCUCUUUGAGUCAGGGCAGUGUUGGGCACAUCAGAGUUGUGCCUUGUGGUCUGACGGCGUUUGCGAGGGCGAGGGACAAUCUCUUCUUAACGUGGACAGAGCCAUUGACUCAGGGAGCACAAAGCACUGUGCAUACUGUAAGCGCCUUGGAGCAUCCAUUAAGUGCUGUGCAGAAGGAUGUGCUCAACUCUACCACUACCCCUGCGCAGGGGCGGCUGGGACCUUUCAAGACAUUCGAAGUCUUUCACUCCUUUGCCCGGAACACAUCGAAUUGGCAACUCACAAAUUUGCAGACGACGUGAACUGCGUGCUGUGCGAUAGCCCGGGGGACCUACUAGACCAGCUCUUCUGCACCGGCUGCGGUCUGCAUUACCACGGGAUGUGCCUGGACAUCGCCGUGACCCCUCUAAAGAGGGCAGGCUGGCAGUGCCCAGAGUGCAAAGUCUGCCAGACAUGCAAGAACCCAGGAGAGGACACUAAAAUGCUGGUGUGCGACACGUGCGACAAAGGCUACCACACCUUCUGCUUGCAACCUGCUAUCGACUCUUUGCCCACCAACGGGUGGAGAUGUAAGAACUGCAGGGUUUGCAUCCAGUGUGGAACGCGGACCAGUGGACAGUGGCACCACACCAGCCUGUUGUGUGAGAACUGUGUCCAAAACCAGGACCCCGCUCUCUGCUGUCCAGUUUGCUCUUGCAUCCUGGACCCGGAGCAUCACAAAGACUUACUACUCUGUCAGACUUGCAAAAGGUGGCUUCACCUGGAAUGUGAGCGUCAGAACUCAGGCCAAGGAGAAAUCCACCCCAGGGAGGACUAUGUUUGCUCCAACUGCAGGCCUCCUGCUGCAGAGCAGGCGCUAGAGGCCGAGGAUAUGGACACUGGCCCGGAGCUCAGUCCUCAACCAUCCCCCAUGCACACAGACUCUGAGAGCGGCCUACAGCCGCCUCAAAAGCACAAAGACCUCGAACCUGGCGUUCAGCUGUCCCCCGAAAUGCACAAUGACCCCGAACCGGAAUUGCUUGCUGUUCCGUUGCACUCCGAUCCAGAGCCCGCUCAGGCUGCCGUCCAGGAGGAGAAGUUGGCCACGCCAGACCAGAAGCCUGAAGCCCAAGGAGGAGCGGAUGCUGUUGAGAUGGAGGGUACCGACCCUUCUGUCAACACAGCCCCAGCAGAAUUCAACCCAGAAACACAACCAGCAGCCAGACCCCAGACCACAUCUCCAGAAGGUUCUGCGUCUUUGUCUCCUCCGAGCCAGAAGCCCCUUCCGGCCCAGCAGCCCGGCGAGGCGCUCCAGACGCCGGACGCCACGUUGCUAAUCAAGCCAGCAAACACGGAAGCCUGCCCUGAGCCGGGCACGGUCGACCCCAGCACAAAGGAUUUUAAGGCCAUCAUCUCACCCACCAAAGAACCAAGUACUACGUCUGUAACUUCCACGGAAAACCCAGUGGAAGCCCCCCUACACCAGACUUCAAGUAUGGAUGUAGCCAGGGCUUCUUUCCUGGAAACUCCUCCUCAACAACCUAACGAAGAGACCAACGAGGGCGUAUUUCACACGGCGGAGACUGUUAAGCCCUCAACCUCGAGCAGAUCAGAGGAGAUGAACUCUACGCUGGACAGCAAGCCCGACGUGUUGUUUCCCGGUUCGUCUCCGGAGGAGAAGCCCGUCAAAACGGCCGUGGAGAGAUUGGCCGAGAUGGUCUCCUCUCCUCCGCGCUCCUCUCCCCUGGCCAGAGCGCCGCCGCUCAGAGACCCGUCACAGACCCAGAUCCUGCCUGCCCUGAGUGACCACAGCAGUAUAAUACCAACGACUAACCUCAUACCGUUCACGCCCAAGAUUGGCAUGGGCAAACCGGCCAUCACGAAGAGGAAGUUUUCUCCCGGGAGGCCUCGAGUGAAACAGGGUGCAUGGAGCCCCCAUAGCAGUGUGUGCUCACCCUUUUCCUGGUCACCAGACCAGCCAGAGGGUUGGGAUCCAAGGACCAGGCAGUGUUUUGGCAGCCCCGCUUGGAGCAUCAGAGUGGGCCGAGGAUCGGGCUUCCCUGGCAGGAGGAGGCCGAGAGGCGCGGGCCUGUCGGGCAGAGCGGGACGGGGCAGAGCCAGAGGGAAGAAUGGAGUGAGCCCCAGCAUCAACCUUGGGCAGAUCACCACCAUAGAAACGCAAUACCCGCUCAAGGAGGAGGAGGAAAAUGCGAUGCAUAACACUGUUGUCAUUUUCUCCAGCAAUGACAGUUUCACACUAAAACAGGACAUGUGUGUGGUGUGUGGGAGUUUCGGUCUCGGUGCAGAGGGACGUCUUCUGGCCUGUGUACAGUGUGGCCAGUGCUACCAUCCCUUCUGUGUCGGCAUAAAGAUCACCAAGGUGGUGCUCAGUAAAGGCUGGCGCUGCCUUGAGUGCACGGUGUGCGAGGCUUGUGGGCAGGCCACCGAUCCCGGCCGCUUGUUGCUGUGUGACGACUGCGACAUCAGCUAUCACACAUACUGCCUGGACCCUCCUCUGCAGAAUGUUCCCAAGGACAGCUGGAAGUGCAAGUGGUGUGUGUCCUGCACCAACUGUGGUGCAACCACUCCAGGACUGAGGUGCGACUGGCAGAAUAAUUACACCCAGUGCGCUCCCUGUGCCAGCCUCACGGCAUGCCCAGUCUGCCUGGUGGACUACAGCGAGGGCGCCAUCAUCGUGCAGUGCCGCCAGUGUGACAGAUGGUUUCAUGCCUCCUGUCAGAAUCUCCAUUCAGAAGACGACGUGGAAAAGGCUGCGGAGAGCAGCUUUGACUGCACAAUGUGCCGAACGUUCAAGACAUCGAAAGUUAUAACCAAGACCAGAGAGAUCACCGAGCCACUCCUUGUGACGCAGACCUUUUCCAAAGCUAAAGAGUUCGGCACAUUUAAAGCAAUCACAGAUCUGUCUCGGACCUACACCCAGGAUGGUGUUUGUUUGACCGAGUCAGGACUUUGUCAGCUCCAGAGCUUGUCUGCUGCGGCGUCGCGACGACGGAAACCCAAACCAAAGCUAAAGCUGAAGAUCAUCAACCAGAACAGCGUGGCUGUGCUUCAGGCGCCCGUGGACACUCUCUCAGAACUGUCCCGAGACGAAGACAUGGAGGACAACAGAGAGGUGGAGCUCCUUGAUUGUGAGACAAAGUCUGACUCGAGCUUGGAGCGAGAGCCGGCGGAGGAUGACUCCAAAGGGGCCAACGGCGUCAAGAAGAGGAAGAGGAAACCGUACCGACCGGGCAUAGGUGGGUUCAUGGUGCGCCAGAGAAGCCGGCCAGGCCAAGGUCCAAGCAAAGCGAAGCGAGCCCUCUGCAGAAAAGAUUCCUCUGGCUCCGUGUCAGAGAAUCCCAUCGGUAAAGAUGAAGGUUGGACAGAAGCGCAGCCCGACACUCCUGUGGAUGAGACGCCCUCUGGACAAGAGGUCCCAGAAAAGAUAAAGAAACGCUACAGGAAGAAGAAGACCAAACUGGAAGAGGCUUUCCCAGCCUACCUACAGGAGGCUUUCUUUGGUAAGGACCUGCUGGACAAGAGCAAGCAGAGCAGGCAGCAGGGCGUUGAAUCGGGCUUGCUGGAAGACGGGCAAAGCUACGCGGAGAAGAAGCAGCCCGCCGCAGGCUUCCUGGACGCGCCGUCAGACCCGCUGCUUAGCGCGUCGACGGCUUCCCUUCCUUCCAGGCCCGCCGCGCCACAGACGACAGAGGAACCAUUAGUUGAUCUAGCUGAUGUUCUGAACACUGGUGCAGACAUCUUGGGAGUGCUCGGAAAGCCAAGCAGUGACUCCGGUCUUGAUUUUUGCCCCUUCAAGGUUGACAGCUCACCUCCUCCUUUUGCUGGACUGGACAUCGGGCCGCUCGCAGACGGCUCCCCGGUAGCGCCCCAGUCUCAGACCGGCCGAAGGACUCCUCGAACAAUACCAGAGGAACCCCUGGACGGCAUUCUUAGCCCAGAGCUAGACAAGAUGGUCACUGAUGAAUCAAUCCUCAGCAAAUUUUACAAAAUUCCAGAGCUGGAAGGCAAGGAUGUGGAAGAUCUCUUCACUGCAGUCCUCAGCCCGAGCACGAACCAACCACCUCCACCACAGGUGCCUCACCCCCAGGUCCCAGGGCCGCUCCCUGCCACACCUGGCCCAGGUAUUCAUCAUCCUAAUGCAGGAAACCCGAUGUUUCCAAGGAUGCCAAUGAUCAAUGGUAUGAGGGGACCAAACCCACGUUUCCCUGCAAACCCCGCAACAGGACCUUGCAUCCCAGAAAAUUUCUCCCCACUGAACCGUAUGCCUUUCACUGACAAUCCAAGGGAUCGAAAGUUUAAUCAGAUGGCCAGAGAGGCCGUUGGUCCAUGGCCGCCUUCUACCCACGGUCCUGGCCCUGUGCCUCCGGGGUCUUUGCCUGACGGGGAAACUGAAGCCAUGUCAAACGCCCAGCGGAGCACGCUCAAGUGGGAGAAGGAGGAGACGCUCGGGGAGCUGGCGACCGUCGCCCCUGUCCUAUAUACAAAUAUCAAUUUCCCCAACCUUAAAGAAGAAUACCCGGAUUGGUCUACAAGGGUUAAGCAAAUUGCUAAACUUUGGAGGAAAGCUAGCUCACAAGACAGGGCCCCAUAUGUGCAAAAGGCAAGAGAUAACCGAGCAGCCCUGCGCAUCAACAAAGUCCAGAUGUCGAAUGAGACGGUGAAGAGGCAUCAUCCACAGCAACAUCCCCCUGAGGUGUUUGAUCCCAACAUACCACUAGACACAGAACUCCUGUUUAAAGACCCUUUGAAACCAAAAGAGUCAGAGCAUGAACAAGAGUGGAAGUUUAGACAGCAAAUGAGGCAGAAAAGCAAACAGCAAGCCAAAAUCGAAGCCACUCAGAAACUGGAGCAAGUGAAAAACGAGCAACUCCAGCAGCAGCAGCAGCAACAGCAGCAGCAUCAGCAGCAGACGGGCGGCCAGGCAGAGGGCGAUGGCACCAACAGCGGCAACCAGAGUCCAGCCUCUCAACCCAGCAACGGCAGCUCCUCGCCCAUUCAGCAGUUAAACUCAAAGGAAACCUUCGCGAGGCCGCAGCUACAAGCAACCCCAACGUCUUGUUCCUCAGAGGAUGUGUUUGUCCGACCGCCCCCUCCCCCUCCUUCUGGUCCGUCGUCCCAGCCCCAGUCUCCGCAGGUGUUCUCGCCGGGCUCCUCUGGUUCCGGACCAUCUUCUCCGUGGGACCCGUACGCCAAAAUGGUCGGGACCCCAAGGCCGCCGCCUCUCGGACCAAACACCUGUCGCAGAAUGUCUGUGGAGUCUGGCAAAUCGCCCACCUCUCUGACGGAGCCGCAGGACCGAGGAAGACCCUCUCCAGCACACGAAUCAUUUGGGUCUCCCACGUCGGUGUGCAGCGACCCUUAUGCCAAACCUCCUGACACGCCAAGACCAACGGGAGAAAUGGAUCCGUUUCUAAAGCCCAUCGGGCCGCCCAGGGGCAGUCAGGCGGCUCAAGGAAGAUCCCCGAUGGGUUCUCCUGGGCGGGACCCAUACUCGAGGCCCAUGAUACGAAACGAAGCCUAUCAGCGCUUGACCCAGAACAAGUUGAUUUUGUCUGACCCUUACGCAAGGCCUCUAAUGGCGCCGAUACCCGGAAGUAAUGAGUCCGGAUCUGUCCCUCUAUUUAAAACACCAAUGCCCCCUCCUCAGGCUCAGGACGCCUUCAGCCGACCGGGGCAGCAUCCAGCUGACAGAUUCCCCCAAAAUCAACCAAACGACCCCUACGCACACGCGCCGCACACCCCGAAGCCUUCAGCGAACGACAGCUUCACCAGUCCGCCUAGGAUGGCUCAACAUCACCCUCAGGGGCACUCGUUUUCUCAGUCGGCACCGGUUCCUCAGAUGUCCAGAAACCCUUAUGCGCACGCGCCGUCCACUCCCAGGCCGGAUCGCUUCACGUACGACCCGUUUGCCCAGCCGCCUGCUCCCAACAAGCCGGGUCCCGACCCUUUUUCCCAGCCUGGAGGAAACCAGCGAGCCAUGAAUGAACACGGCAUUCAACCUCGGCCAUUUUUUGAACCCUACGCUCGACCUCCAGGCACGCCGCGUCCACAUGACAACUACGGUCAGUCGAACUCACCCAGUCCAGCCUCGGACCCCUACUCACAGGCUCCUGCUACUCCUCGUCCCAGUGGGAUGAACCAGUUCGCUCAUAAGGCCCACCUUGGACAACGGAUAUCCCCUUCCCACUCGAUGGAUCCCUUUGGCCAUCCACCAGGUACUCCACGACCCUCUGUGGGCGAAAGGUUCUCCAAGUCACCAGGUAGCCAGAGGGGGCCAGUAGAACCAUUCGCUAGUACACCUGGGCCAUCUAGGACAGGGAGUAAUGAGAUUUUUUCACAGCCAGGGACGCAUAGAACGAUGGUUAAUGACCCGUAUGCCCAACCUCCAGGUACCCCAAGACCUGCCUCUGAUGUGCACAACAGACUCAUGGUGAGGCCAGGACCGGGUCUGGGUCCAGACCCCUUCUCGUCGCCUCAAACCAGGCUUCCGGAGCAGUUCCCUCAUCCAGACGCGCUCACACAGAAACACCCCGGGGUCGCAGAGGACGGAUUUGGCCAGUCCCCGUCUACAAGACCCGGUCAAACUCCCGGGCACGACCCCUUCGAGCAAGCAGCCGUGGCGCCCUGUCCACAGCCAAAUGACAAAAUGGAGAUGAAAGAUCGGACGACUAUGGGGAACAACGGAGCGGGCCCCCAAGAUGCCAUCCAAAUGCCAAACAACCCACAGAUGCCUGCUUCGUCUUCUGAAGCACAAGGUGUAUCUCUCGCUGAGACGGAGGAGAGACUAAAACAGCGACAAAAAAUUAGAGAGCUAAUCCUCAAGCAGCAGCAGCAGAGGACUGCCAACAGACAGGAGAGGGGCCCUCAGGAUCCUGCCGGCAACUUAACCCCAGGAACCCCGCGACCCUGGCCCCACGAGGGCCCCGGUCAACAAGGUGAAAUGUUCAACAGGCCUCCUCCACCCUAUCCUGGCCAAGGGCCCAUGAGAGGGCCAAUGAGGUUUCCUGGCAACUUUCCAGGGGAUCAGCGAGUCUGUUUUCCUAAUGAGGGGCACAUCCAGCGGGCGCCGCAUCCUGGGGAUCCUAAUUUGAGACACCAGGGACCAAGGUUUGGAUUUCCACCUGGAGCUUUAGGACCCCAUGGCCCUCAGGAGUUCUUCCUCAGAGCGGAUCACCCGAUGCAGGAUGUCCCUCCGCAGAUGAGAAUGUCGAUGCCUGCCGAGAUGACGAAAGGCAUGGGAGGAAACCCCAUGGGUAUGCCUCACCACUGCCCGCCAAGCAACGUGCCUUUGCAGCAGCACAACAUCAUGGGUCAGCAUUUCAUCGAGCUGCGGCACAGGGCAGCAGAGAGCAGGCCGCGCAUGCCGUUCCCACACGGCGCUAUGCAAGGAGGCAACGUCGACCCCAACCUGCAGGCUCCGAGGCUGCAGGGCUUUCCCGGACUGCCCGACUCCCGGUUCCCUCUGAGCCAGGGGCCUAGAAUGGUGGACCCUCUGAACAGUCAGACCGGCCACUUACACCUGUCGGCCAGCUUGGAUAAUCUUCAUCAGCAGACCCAGAUGCCGGGGAUAGGUUGCAUCAAACAGGCUCCUCUAAUGAGAUCAAUGAGCCAGCCCGCUUCAAACGAGACCCAGAGCAUGACGUCGUCCAUCAUCCUCUCUGCACCCCCUGCCGGCCAGUCUGAGGCGGUCUCUGUGGCUACCAGUGAAGCAGUGGAGGAGAAGCUGGAUGCGGAAGACUCCGCUGUCAAAGACCUCGAGGACGUGGAGGUGAAAGAUCUGGUUGAUGCCGACUUAGAAAAUCUGAAUUUGGACUCCGAGGACGGCAAAGACCUGGACCUGGAGACUAAUGACCUGCACCUUGAUGACUUUCUAACGUCUGGCAAGUUUGACAUAAUUGCCUACACGGACCCUGACCUGGACGACAUCAAGAAAGACCUGUUCAACGAAGAACUGGACCUCAGUGAUCCCAUGGACGACAAUGCUGAAGCAACAGACAUUCCUAAAAGUGCAAUCCCUGAAAUCGAGCCUUCGUCCAGCUCAGCGUCUGCUCAGUCCAAGCCAGAGUCCACGGGGAAGCAGUCCACAUGCGAGCUUAAGCCGGAAGUCCCUGGGAGUCACAGCUCGGAUUCCUUGGCAGCGGAUCAGGAAAUUAAAACGGAGGUCAAAGACUGUCAGGGGCCACCUGAGGUGGGAGACCAGCAACAACCUGAAAACCCCUCAAACCAGCAGGGAGUGCUCUCUGACUCCACCCCAGUCCUUUCUAGUUUACUCAUUAAACAGCAGCCUGAGGAGCAGUCAUUAAACCCAAUCAUGGAGUCCGUCAGUCAGGGAGGUAACCUCCUGGCCCAGCAGAACCCAGUCAGCGAUAAUCAGCAUACCUCCGCGCUUCCAGGGAGCCAAACAAUAGCAGACACAGCCGCUACGGGACAGCUAUCUGCUCCUGGCUUUGGGGCCGACCAGCCGGCCGGACUUGCGGCCGGCGGAGACCAGGCCGGUCUAAGCCAAGCCCAGCAGGCCGCGCUGAACCAGAGCAUGGGUCAGCACAACCAGCAGCACCGUCCUCUUCUGCUGGAGGAGCAGCCGCUCCUGUUGCAGGACCUCCUUGACCAGGAGAGGCAGGAGCAGCAGCAGCAGCGUCAGAUGCAGGCCAUGAUUCGACAGCGGUCCAGCGACACCUUCUUCCCCAACAUCGAUUUUGACGCGAUCACCGACCCCAUUAUGAAAGCCAAGAUGGUUGCCUUGAAGGGUAUCAAUAAAGUCAUGGUUCAGAACAACAUGGGGAUGGCGCCGAUGGUGAUGAACAGAUUUCCUCCUGGUCCUGCGCCACCUUGUCCUGAGAGCACACCAAUCCCUCCUCAAGUUGUUGGACCGGACGGCAAGUUGACCCAAGUGCCAAGACCGAAUCCUCCAAACUUCGGACCGGGAUUUGUCAACAAUCCUCAGAGGGCUCAGUACGAGGAGUGGCUCCAGGAGACUCAGCAACUACUUCAAAUGCAGCAAAAGUUUCUGGAAGAAAAGAUCGGCGCUCACAGGAAGUCUAAGAAGGCCCUGUCUGCCAAGCAGAGAACGGCUAAGAAAGCAGGCAGGGAGUUCCCAGAGGAGGACGCCGAGCAGCUCAAACAUGUCACGGAGCAGCAGGGUGUAGUGCAGAAGCAGCUGGAGCAGAUUCGCAAGCAGCAGAAAGAGCAUGCUGAGCUGAUCGAGGAGUACCGGGUGAAACAGCAGCAGAACAACAUGACGCCCAUCAUGCCCGCCAUCCACCCGGCAGCGGGCAACCACGCCAUGGUUCCCGGUGGCCCGCCAAUGGUCCAGGCUCCCAUGAACCCCAUGCUGCAGAUGCCCCUCCACCCCGGCCAGCCCAACGCACCGCCCCGCAUGCCCAACCCUCCACCCGGCUGGCAUCCUGCCGCCUCCAUGCCCAUGGGCGGGCCGGUGAUGCCUCCCAUGAUGCCCCCUCAGGCACCUGCGGCAGGUUCAGCUCCGCCCCUUCAGAUGCCGGUGGGGAGCAUCCCCCAGCACUCGCAGAUGCCUGUGGAGCCCCAAGCCGCAGCCGCCCCGCCGGGCCCCGUGAAGCCCAUGCAGGCGGGCGGCGUGAAGUUCGACGACAACAACCCCUUCAGCGAAGGCUUCCAGGAGCGCGAGAGGCGGGAGAGGCUCAGGGAGCAGCAGGAGAGGCAGCGGGUGCAGCUCAUGCAGGAAGUGGAGCGCCAGCGCGCCCUGAAACAUCGUAUGGAAAUGGAGCAGCAAGGGAUGAUGGCGCCGGACGGGAGCGUAGCGCCUCUCACUCAGAUGCCGUUUUUCAACUCUGAGCUGCCUCAAGACUUCAUGCAACCUCAGAGAGCCCCUAUGCAGCAACCGCAGCAGCUCGGGCCGAUGUUCCCCCAGCAGCAGGCCAUGCAGCGCGGCAUGGGCUCGCCGCCCGGCACCUUCAUCCAGGGCGACAGAAGACCCAUGAUGGGCAACGGGAUGAUGCCGGCCGAUCUGGGGCCCGGUCUGGGGCCCGACGGCGUUGCUGUGCAAGGCCCUAACUUUCCCCACGCUCAGCCAAGGCCUCGUCAGUUCAGCGGGCCAGGAAUGAUGCCUCAGAUGCCGGGGGACGGUCCUCCCUUUGGAGGCAGUCCCGCCACGCCGCUGCCAUCCAACUUUCCAGGCUCGGGUCAGUCUCUCAUACAGCUGUACUCCAACAUCAUUCCAGACGAGAAAGGGAAAAAGAAGAGGAACCGCAAAAAGAAGAAGGACGACGACGCGGAUUCGGUCAAGACGCCGUCGACUCCGCACUCGGACCUCACGGCUCCGCUGACGCCGUGCGUCUCCGACACCUCCUCGACGCCUACCAGAAACACCCACCUGUUCGGAGAGCAGGACCUGUCCAGGUCCCCCUUACUGGGCUCGUCGACGCCCAGCCACUCGGAGCUGGAGAGGCAGCUUUCCGGCGGCGGGCAGUCCGGACAGCCCACCGCGGUGUCGGACGCGUCGAGGGCCCAGGCCCAGGAGCACGAGCGCAUCCUCAGCAACAUAAAGCUGGAGCAGACCGACGCCACCGAAUGUCACCGGCCCAACGACGGGCCCAUCGGCUCUCAGAUGAACCCUGUGAAGGAGGAGACCAACAAGGGGAGCACGUCUCCAUUCGCCGCGGGGCAAAGUCCAAACAAGGGCGAGGCUGGCAACGAGCUGCUGAAACACCUGCUGAAGAACAAGAGCACACCUCCACCCGGCCUGCCUCAGCAGAGGUCGGAGGACAGCCUGCGCUCUGAGGAGGAGGAGCCCACAGACUGCAAAUCCCUGCUCCGCCAAAGCUCCAUAGACAGCAACGGGGCCUACUCCGAUGGAACCGCCGAGUUUCCCGGCUCUCUGCUCCCCGAACAAGACAAGAAGAAAGGGAGGAACAAGAGGCCGCCGAAGGGAGGGGAGAAACCCGCGUCCCGCUACAAGAAGAGGAAGAAGGAAGGAGAUGAGAGACAGCUGAUACACUCUGGUCCUGACGCCGUUAUGACUCAAAUCAAGCAGCAGCUUUCCCUGCUGCCCCUCAUGGAGCCGUUGAUUGGAGUGAACUUUGCCCAUUUUGCUCCCUACGGCAGCGGCCAGCUCAACGGAGAAAACCUUUUGUCUGGUACUUUUGGUAGCGCCUCCCUGGAUGGAGUCUCAGAUUAUUACUCCCAGUUGGCCUAUAAGCAGAAUAACUUGAGCAAUCCACCGACACCGCCGGCAUCACUCCCUCCGACGCCGCCGCCCGUGAAUCGACAGAAGAUGAUCAACGGUUUUGCUACGACUGAAGAGCUGGCCAGCAAAGCAGCAGCCAUGGUUUCCAAAGGCCUGGUGCCGAAGCCCCUCCACGUCCCAUUCAGAGCUGAGGAAGAUCUGCUGGCCCGGGCCAUCGCUCAAGGACCCAAAACUGUGGACGUCCCAGCGUCUCUUCCCACCCCUCCUCAUAACAACCAGGAGGAGCUCAGCAACAGAGGACAGGAGCCUUGCAAGGACCGAGACUCGCCCGACAGCUUCGUUCCCUCCUCGUCUCCCGAGAGCGUGGUCGGCAUGGAGAUCAGUCGCUACCCAGACCUGUCUCUGGUGAAGGAGGAGCCACCGUCCCCGUGCCUGUCUCCCGUGCUCCCCAUGCUCCCUGCCCCUGAUGGGAAAGGGUCAGAGAUCAAACUGCAGGACAUCAAGACCGAGCCUUCCUCGAUGUUCUUUGGCUCCCCCUUUGGCCCCAUAUCUAAUGACUCCAAACAAGGACUGGUUUCUGUUGCCAUCACGCUGAGACCAGCUGCAGCCGAGAACAUCACGGGUGUAGUAGCGGCCAUUUCAGACCUCCUGUGUGUGAAGAUCCCCAGCAGCUAUGAGGUCAGCAGCACCCCGGACAGGCCCCCGUUAUCCAUGGGUCCACGGAUGGGUCCCCACGGCAUGGAGCCGCGGCCUCCCAUGUUCUUCCACGGACAAGGAGAGCACGGGGUUCUCCACGGCCGGCCCGGACAGAUGAUGCGGCCCGCCGGACCGCAGGGGAUGAUGCAGCAGCAGGCGCAUCCUUUCCAUUUCCAUCCCAACAGCCCAGGUGCUGCUGUAGCUCGAGGAGCGGACCAUAAGAUCCCGGCCAGCCCUGGAUGCAAACCCCACUGGUGCUGCCACUGCAAAGUGGUGGUUCUGGGAAACGGAGUGCAGAAAGCCAUCAAGGAUCUCCCUGCUCACAUGAAGGAAUACGAAGGCCGUCUGAGAUCAGACGAAAACCUGGUCUUCUGUAGUCAAAGCUGUUUCCUUCUCUACUGUUCCUCGUCGCCUCAGUCCAGACCUCCCACGGAAACAAAGGAGUCCAUGUCUUUUCUCCCCGGCUCUGAGCAAAGCGAGGGCUUUUGCAAAACUCAGCAUCAGUACAGCAACAACAUGUCCUCGCUGGACGUUCACUGCCUUGCCCAGCUUCAGCCCAAGCAGUCUCCCCCGUCCACUCCUCCCAUCCCCUUCCCUACAGCCGGAGAAACACCCAAGACUGAGUCUAAAUCCGAAGCCCUCAAAGUGACAGUGAAGCUUAAGGCCCGGCCACGGUCCCAUGACGGCUGGCACCAGGGGAAGAGGCAGAAGGGACUCCGCUGGAGAAAGUGGUCCGUCCAGGUGGUCCUGCCACAGAGAAUGAAUUCGCAGCUGCCAGAGGAAGAUAAGAUCGACGAGCUGCUGAAGAAACUCGGAGCGUCCCUGCGCCCUCCGUCUCUGCUCAAAGAUAAGCGACGGUGCUGUUUCUGCCACCAGUUCGGAGACGGGAUCACCGACGGGCCGGCCCGGCUGCUGAACCUGGACCUCGACGUCUGGGUCCACCUGAACUGUGCGCUCUGGUCAACCGAGGUGUAUGAGACGCAGGCGGGCGCCCUCAUCAACGUGGAGCUGGCUCUGCGGCGCGGUCAGACGAUACGCUGCGCCUACUGCCAGCAGACCGGGGCCACCAGCGGCUGCCACCGCCUGCGCUGCACCAACGUCUACCAUUUCACCUGUGCUCUCCAGGCCCAGUGCACUUUCUUCAAAGACAAGACCAUGCUGUGUCACGCCCACAGGCCCCGGGGGGCGGCGGGGCACGCCUUGGAGCACGAGCUGCGCUGCUUCGCCGUGUUCCGGCGCGUCUACGUCCAGAGAGACGAGGUGCGUCAGAUUGCCACGGCCGUGCAGCAGCCCGAGCUGGGCUACACGUUUCGGGUAGGAAGCCUGGUGUUGCACGCGAUAGGGCAACUCACCCCGCUACAGAUGUCCGCCUUCCAUUCACCCACCACCAUCUUCCCCGUCGGCUACGAGGCCUGUCGCAUUUACUGGAGCAUGCGCCACGGCAAUCGCCGGUGCCGCUACGUCUGUUCGGUGGAAGACAACGACGGGCUUCCAGAGUUUAUGAUCAGAGUCGUUGAACAAGGCUACCAAGACUUGAUCCUGACUGACACCUCUCCUAAAGGAGUUUGGGAAAAAGUGCUCGGUCCAGUUGCUGAGAAAAGAGCUGAGUCAGGCACUCUGAGACUCUUUCCUGUGUAUCUGAAAGGAGAGGAUCUCUUUGGACUCACAGUCCCCGCAGUCACCAGAAUCACUGAAUCGCUCCCAGGAGUGGAGGCGUGUGGCAGGUACUCGUUCCGUUACGGACGCAACCCUCUUGUGGAAUUACCUCUCAUGUUCAAUCCAGCCGGGUGUGCACGCGCAGAGGCAAAAACAAGCUCCUCCCACACUUCGCUGGUGAUACGGCCUCAACCACAGGCUGUGUCCAGCAGCAGUGCCAGGUCUAAUCAAAACGUGGCGCAAGGUGAAGGAGGGGUUCCCCAUAGCAAGACCCCCGUUGUGCACCCCAGGUCCUCCCAGUACCGCUGGAUGAAGAGCGAGUGGAGAAGCAACGUCUAUUUGGCUCGCUCCCGCAUUCAGGGCCUGGGGCUGUUUGCUGCCAGAGACAUCGAAAAGCAAACCAUGGUGAUUGAGUACAAUGGAACGGUCCUCCGAAAUGAGGUGGCCAUCAGGAAGGCAAAGGUUUACAGAUCUCAGAACCGAGCAGUGUUCAUGUUCCGCAUCGACAGCGAACAUGUUGUGGAUGCCACUCAAAGUGGAGGGCUUGCAAGAUACAUCAACCAUUCAUGUGCCCCUAACUGUGUCGCUGAGGUGGUUACAUUUGAGCGAGGCUACAAAAUCAUCAUCAGCUGCAUUCGCAGAGUGGAAAAAGGAGAAGAGCUGUGUUUUGACUACCAGUUCGACGCCAUCGAAGGCCAGCACAAGAUUGCUUGCCAUUGCCGAGCUCCUGAGUGCAGGAAGUGGAUUAACUGAGCUAAACAUCGAAACCAUUCCUUGCUUGAGCGAGUGAGUGUCAUAAUCUCUGCACAGAGGGGGAAGAAGAAAAAAAAAAAAAACGAAGCCACACUGAAGUCGUUUUAACAAAAGAAAAUCACCAGAAGGGUUGAAGAGGGUUAGAUCAUCAUGGAUCACAGGGGGUAGAAGAAGAAGAAGAAGAAAAAAGCGUCUGGAGGAGGAGAAAUCCAACACGGUAGCAGGAUGUGACUUGUGCCAUAUGUAAAAGAGGCUUUUGUCGUACACAAGGCCUCCAUCUGUCUGUAUGUAUCUGCUCGUUUAUUUGUGGUGUACAUGGGGGUGCAGAAAUCCACCAGCGAAUGAGAAAGCACUGUGCAGGGUGCGGCCUUACUGCUAACUAAGGGCAGGCCCUUUUGUUAUAUAAUAAUGUAUGCCGUUAGACUAAAUGUAGACAUCACUGAAUGAGGAAUGUACAGCAAUGAAAUACCGUGAAGGGAAUAUUAACUUGCACUAAAAAAACAAAAAAGAAACAAAAGAAACAAAAAAAAAACAUUACACACAGAAAAACGUUUAAAUACUUGAUUCCAUGAGUCAGUUGUAUCAUAGGUCUCCGUCAUGUGAUUUGUGUGGAUUUUUGAGAGGUUUUGUAUUUAUUACUGAGUGAGUGAAUUUUAUUCUCAAAAUGACGAGCUUGAGUUAAAGAAGGCUUAUUGUUUUUGGAAGAUUGAAGAAGACAUGCUGUUACCUUUUUUGUACAAAUGUAUAUAAAGAAAACUAUAGGAAUAACCGACCAAAUACUACCUUAACCUUUCUUGAUGUUUGGGUGUUUUUAAAAAAACUUUUGUUUUUUUUUUGUUUUUUGUUUUGUUUUAUUUGUCAUUGAAAUUUAUUUAAGAUGGACGUUAUUUCGGUUUGAGAGUAUAUAUUAUGAUUAUGCUGUACAGAAUUUGUAAAAUAACCACAAUAAUUCACAAAGUAUUUUUGUUGUAUUAAAAGUAAGGUAUUGUAGCGUAGUGUUUUUGUGACUUACACAUGCUUUGACCACUCAAAAAGAAAUAUUUUUGUUGACUAACGAGUUAUCAGUUACAGAAUCAAAAAAAAGAAAAAAAAAAGGACUCUUCAGAGAGGAAGAUCGUUGUGAUCUGUCUGCUGUUAAUCAGGUCUGAUUUUAAAGAACUGUGAAUUAGGAGUUAAAUGCCCCCCCACCCCCCUCCCGAAACAGCUUUUUUUUUUUUUUUUUUUUUUUUAACUUUGUAUCUUAGACAAGAGCAGCAAAGUGCUUUUAUUUUACUUCUUUGGGGGGGAGGGUCGGGGGGGGGAAGGUGCAAACAUCUGUUUUAACGUAGAUGAACCAGUGUGCGACAGAGAGAAUUGUAUGUGGAACCGGGGGU